AUGGGGCUGCGAGCUGGGCGCCUGGCUGCCGGGAGCCAGGGCGCUGUGGGGCUGAGAUGGGGCGUCCUGCAGCUGCCGCUCCUCCUCCUCCUCCUACUGCUGCACCCGGGCGCCUGCGGGGCUGCAGCACAAGGCAAGGCGGACGCGCCCACCCUGUAUCUCUGGAAGACUGGUCCCUGGGGCCGGUGCAUGGGAGACGAGUGUGGGCCCGGAGGCAUCCAAACCAGGGCUGUGUGGUGCGCGCACGUGGAAGGGUGGACAACACUACACACGAACUGCAAGCCGGCCGAGAGGCCCAGCAACCAACAGAGUUGCUUCAAAGUUUGUGACUGGCACAAAGACCUCUACGACUGGAGGCUGGGGCCCUGGAACCAGUGUCAACCUGUUAACUCCAAAAGCCUGGAGAAGCCCCGGGAGUGCGUGAAGGGGGAAGAGGGUAUUCAGGUGCGGGAAAUCACGUGCAUGCAAAAAGAUAAAGACCUUCUGGCCGAUGAGACCAUCUGUGAGUACUUUGAGCCCAAGCCGCUGCUCGAACAGGCUUGCCUCAUUCCCUGCCAGCAGGACUGCAUCGUGUCAGAGUUCUCCGCCUGGUCCGAGUGCUCCAAGACGUGCGGCAGCGGUCUGCAGCACCGGACGCGGCACGUCGUGGCCCCACCGCAGUUCGGAGGCUCCGGCUGUCCCAACCUGACCGAGUUCCAGGUGUGCCGAUCCAGCCCGUGCGAAGCCGAUGAGAGCCUGUACAGCCUGCAUGUGGGGCCCUGGAGCGCGUGCUCCAUGCCUCCCUCGCGGCAAGCCAGACAGGCCCGGAGACGCGGCAAGAACAGAGCGCGCGAGAGGAACCGCGGCAAAGGCGUCAAGGAUCCCGAGGCUCGGGAGCUUAUUAAGAAAAAGAGGAACCGAAACAGACAGAACAGGCAGGAAAACAGAUACUGGGACAUCCAGAUUGGAUAUCAGACCAGAGAGGUCACGUGUACGAACAAGACGGGGAAAGCUGCUGAAAUGAGCUUUUGCCAGCAAGAGAAACUGCCAGUGACCUUCCAGUCCUGCGUGAUGACCAAAGAGUGCCAGGUGUCUGAGUGGUCGGAAUGGACUGUGUGCUCCAAAACGUGCCUCGAUACGGCGUCUGCUACAGGCUCUCGUGUCCGAACCCGGAGCAUCAGGCAGUUUCCCAUCGCCAGUGACCAAGAGUGUCCCGAGCUGGAGGAGAAGGAGCCCUGUGUGCCUCACGGAGACGGAGUAGCCGCUUGUGCCACGUAUGGCUGGAGAACCACAGAAUGGACUGAGUGCCGCGUGGACCCUUUGCUCAGUCAGCAGGACAAGAGGCGUGGCAACCAGACGGCCCUGUGCGGGGGCGGCAUCCAGACCCGGGAGGUGUACUGCGUGCAGAGCAGUGAGCACCAGCCAGCGCCCUCACCUCCCCGCAGGGACGGCGAAGCCUCAAAACCUGUGGACUUGAAAUUAUGUACUGGCCCUGUCCCUAAUACAACACAGCUGUGUCACAUUCCUUGCCCAGUUGAGUGUGAGGUUUCAUCUUGGUCAGCCUGGGGUCCUUGUACUUACGAAAACUGUGAUGACCAGCAAGGCAAAAAAGGCUUCAAACUGAGGAAGCGACGCAUAACCAAUGAGCCCACUGGAGGCUCAGGGGGUACUGGAAACUGCCCUCAUUUGCUGGAAGCCAUUCCGUGUGAGGAGCCAUCCUGCUAUGACUGGAAAGCAGUGAGGCUGGGAGACUGCGAACCGGACAAUGGACGGGAGUGUGGUCCAGGAACUCAAGUUCAAGAAGUGGUGUGCAUCAGCAGUGAAGGAGAAGAAGUGGACAGACAACUGUGCAGAGAUGCCAUCCUCCCCAUCCCCGUGGCCUGUGAUGCCCCCUGCCCAAAGGACUGUGUGCUCAGCACCUGGUCUCCAUGGUCUUCCUGCUCACACACCUGUUCCGGGAAAACCACAGAAGGGAAACAGAUACGUGCACGUUCUAUCCUGGCCUAUGAGGGUGAAGAAGGUGGAAUUCGCUGCCCCAACACCAGUGCCCUGCAGGAGGUGCGCAGCUGUAAUGAGCAUCCUUGCACCGUGUACCACUGGCAGACUGGUCCCUGGGGUCAGUGCAUUGAGGACACCUCAGUCUCAUCCUUCAACACAAGCGCGAUUUGGAAUGGGGAGGCCUCCUGCUCUGUCGGCAUGCAGACAAGAAAAGUCAUCUGUGUGCGAGUCAACGUGGGCCAAGUGGGACCCAAAAAGUGUCCGGAAAGCCUGCGGCCAGAGACGGUGCGGCCGUGCCUGCUGCCUUGUCGGAAGGACUGUGCCGUGACUCCGUUCAGUGACUGGACCCCCUGUCCCUCCUCCUGUCCGGAAGGGGGCACUGGAGCCAGGAGGCAGUCUCGGCACCGGGUCAUCAUUCAGCUCCCAGCCAACGGGGGCCGCGACUGCACGGAGCCCCUCCACGAAGAGAAGGUGUGCGAGGCCCCUCCAGUGUGUCAGAGCUACAGGUGGAAGACUCACAAAUGGCGCAGGUGCCAGUUAGUACCUUGGGGUGUGCAGCAGGAUACCCCUGGAGCACAAGAAGGUUGUGGGUCUGGAAGGCAGGCGAGAGCCAUUACUUGUCGAAAGCAAGAUGGAGGGCAGGCUGGCAUCCAUGAAUGCCUCCAGUAUGCAGGCCCUGUUCCAGCCCUCACCCAAGCUUGCCAGAUCCCCUGCCAAGAUGAUUGCCAAUUUACCAGCUGGUCCAAGUUUUCUUCAUGUAAUGGAGACUGUGGGGCAGUUAGGACCAGAAAGCGAACUAUUGUUGGAAAAAGUAAAAAGAAAGAACAAUGUAAAAACUCCCAUGCAUACCCCCUGAUCGAGACUCAGUAUUGUCCUUGUGACAAAUACAAUGCACAGCCUGUGGGCAACUGGUCAGACUGUAUCUUACCCGAGGGGAAGGUGGACGCGCUCCUGGGAGUGAAAGUGCAAGGGGACAUCAAAGAAUGCGGACAAGGCUACCGUUACCAAGCAAUGGCAUGCUACGAUCAGAACGGCAGGCUCGUGGAAACAUCCAGAUGCAACAGCCAUGGUUACAUCGAAGAGGCUUGCAUCAUCCCUUGCCCGUCAGACUGCAAGCUGAGCGAGUGGUCCAACUGGUCGCGCUGCAGUAAGUCCUGUGGGAGUGGUGUGAAGGUGCGGUCUAAGUGGCUGCGUGAAAAACCAUACAAUGGAGGAAGGCCUUGCCCCAAACUGGACCAUGUCAACCAGGCACAGGUGUAUGAGGUGGUACCAUGCCACAGCGACUGCAGCCAGUACAUCUGGGUCACAGAACCCUGGAGUGUCUGCAAGGUGACCUUUGUGAAUAUGAGAGAGAACUGUGGAGAGGGAGUGCAAACCCGAAAAGUGAGAUGCAUGCAGAACACGGCAGAUGGCCCUUCUGAGCACGUGGAGGACUACCUCUGCGACCCAGAGGAGAUGCCCCUGGGCUCCAGAGAGUGCAAAUUACCAUGCCCGGAGGACUGCGUGAUGUCCGAAUGGGGCCCAUGGACCCGCUGUGCUCUGCCUUGCAAUCAAAGCAGUUUCCGGCAGAGGUCAGCUUAUCCCAUCAGACAACCUGCUGAUGAAGGAAGAUCCUGCCCUGAUGCUAUUGAGAAGGAACCCUGUAGCCUGAACAAAAACUGCUACCACUAUGAUUACAAUGUGACAGAUUGGAGUACAUGUCAGCUGAGCGAGAAGGCUGUUUGUGGAAAUGGCAUUAAAACAAGGAUGCUGGAUUGUGUUCGAAGCGAUGGCAAGUCGGUUGACCUGAAGUAUUGUGAAGAGCUUGGCCUGGAGAAGAACUGGCAGAUGAACACCUCCUGCAUGGUGGAGUGCCCGGUCAACUGUCAGCUUUCUGAAUGGUCUUCGUGGUCAGAAUGUUCUCAAACGUGUGGUCUCACAGGAAAAAUGAUCCGAAGACGAACAGUGACCCAACCCUUUCAGGGCGAUGGAAGGCCAUGCCCGGUGCUACUGGACCAGUCCAAGCCUUGCCCAGUGAAGCCCUGUUACCGGUGGCAGUAUGGCCAGUGGUCUCCAUGCCAAGUGCAGGAAGCCCAGUGUGGAGAAGGGACUAGGACAAGGAACAUUUCUUGUGUGGUGAGUGAUGGGACAGCUGAUGAUUUCAGCAAAGCUGUGGAUGAGGAAUUCUGUGCUGACAUCGAACCCGUUAUAGAUGGCAAUAAAAAAAUGGUUCUGGAGGAAACCUGUACCCAACCUUGCCCAGGUGACUGUUACUUGAAAGACUGGUCUUCAUGGAGCCUGUGUCAACUGACCUGUGUGAAUGGUGAGGAUCUAGGCUUCGGUGGGAUACAGGUCCGAUCCCGAGCAGUGAUCAUCCAGGAACUAGAGAACCAACACCUGUGCCCAGAGCAGGUGUUAGAAACUAGAUCUUGUGAUGAUGGGCAGUGCUAUGAGUAUAGAUGGAUGGCUGGUGCCUGGAAAGGCUCCUCCCGCACCGUCUGGUGUCAGAGAUCAGACGGUGUGAAUGUCACAGGGGGCUGCUUGGUGGUGAGCCAGCCUGAUGCCGACAGGUCCUGUAACCCACCGUGUAGUCAACCCCACUCAUAUUGUAGCGAGACAAGAACGUGCCAUUGUGAAGAGGGGUACACUGAAGUCAUGUCUUCUAACAGCACCCUGGAGCAGUGCACACUCAUUCCUGUGGUGGCGAUCCCCACCGUGGAGGACAAGCGGGCUGACGUGAAAACCAGCCGAGCAGUGCAUCCCACCCAGCCUUCCAGUAACCCAGCAGGACGGGGAAGGACCUGGUUUCUGCAGCCAUUUGGGCCAGAUGGGAGACUAAAGACCUGGGUUUACGGUGUAGCAGCAGGGGCACUUGUAUUACUCAUCUUUAUUAUCUCCAUGAUUUAUCUAGCUUGCAAAAAGCCAAAGAAACCUCAAAGAAGGCAAAACAAUCGACUGAAACCAUUAACCUUAGCUUAUGAUGGAGAUGCAGACAUGUGAAAACAAACAGCUCUUCCUGCCAACAGUUUCCUGUUUCUCACUGUGUAAUAGAAAUCCAGAGACCACAGUGGAAGUGUCCAAAUUACACGAUUUCACUUAAUUGUGACUUUUCAAAAGUGUCCUGAGAGCAGGAAAAAAA